GUAUCAGGAAUAUGGCAGCGUCCUGAGCGUUGUUGGGGGGAAUACGGCGUAACUGAGCACCUUCAGCAUCAGAGUGGGAAAACUGAGAAGCACCAGCCACACUCAGAGGAGGGUGGGGGGCUGAGGGACGGCUACGUAUAUUACCCGUUAGCGAUUCUGCAGGCCCUGUGAAAAGAUGAAUGUCGUCAAAGAAAACAAAGACCUGGCCUGUUUCUACACCACCAAACACUCCUGGAGGGGAAAGUACAAGCGAGUCUUCUCAGUGGGAACCCAUGGCAUUACCACUUACAACCCUACCACAUUAGAAGUAACAAAUCAGUGGCCUUAUGGAGACAUCUGUGGUAUCGGUCCGGUAGGAAAAGGUCAGGGGACAGAGUUCAACCUCACAUUCCGUAAAGGCGGCAGCAAGAAGUCAGAAACGCUGAAGUUCUCCACAGAACACCGGACAGAGCUGCUCACAGAAGCACUGAGAUUCAGAACAGAAUUUUCAGAAGGAAAGAUAACUGGAAGGCGUUACAACUGCUAUAAACACCACUGGAGUGACACACGAAAGCCUGUAAGUUUAGAAGUGACACCGGGUGGCAUUGACCAGAUUGACCCUCAUACCAACCGAGUGGUGUGCUCCUACGACUAUCGCAAUGUUGAGGGCUUCGUCGAGGUCUCUGACUACCAGGGAGGAUUCUGCAUCCUAUACGGGGGCUUCAGUAGGCUGCAUCUGUUUGCCUCAGAGCAUCGGGAUGAAAUCAUCCGGAGCGCCAUAGAGCAUGCAGGGAAUUUCAUUGGCAUCACACUACGACUGAGGAAGGAGGCCUUGACCUUCGAGGGGUUUGUGACGGACAGGUUGGGGAAGUACAGCUCAGAUGAGAGCAUCACUUCCCUGGCUGAAUUCGUGGUUCAGAAGAUCACACCUCGCCACCCAGAGCCUGUUAAACGUAUCCUGGCCUUGACAGAAACCUGUUUAGUGGAGCGAGACCCGGCAUCGUACAACAUAGUCACCAUCAAACCUUUUGGAGAGGUUUUUGCUCUCAUCUGUGAUGUGGACAACCCUCAGGUGUUUACAGUUGAAUUCAUCAGAGGCCAGAUCAGGAAGUUCUCUUCCACAGAGAGGGACUCCUUAUUGGCCAGCCUACUUGAUGGAGUACGUGCAUCCGGCAAUAGGGACGUGUGUGUCAAGAUGGCCCCCACCCAGCGAGGGCAGCGAUGGGGCCUGCUGAGCAUGCCUGUGGAUGAGGAAGUGGAGAGUUUGCAUCUCAAAUUUCUGGCAGCACCUCCUAAUGGGAACUUUGCAGACGCAGUGUUCAGAUUCAAUGCCAACAUUUCCUACAGUGGAGUUCUGCAUGCAGUAACUCAAGAUGGUCUUUUCUCUGAGAACAAAGAGAAGCUCAUCAACAACGCCAUCCUGGCUCUUUUGUCCCAGGAGGCUGAGUUGCCGGCGCAAAAUGCUGAGCUGGAGAGCCAUUUUCAGGCCAUCCGGCGCUUGGUGGCCUCCAAGGCUGGCUUCCAGGCUUUCACUCAGCUGCCUAAGUCUGGUCAAGGGUCUGGACUCACAGAUGGAACGUUCAGGGAAAAAUUGGGAGUAAAGACGGUAAAAGCUUUAAAACGGAACAAUAACGGUGUGACACAUGCUGCUAUAGACAUGCUCUGUGCCCUCAUGUGUCCAAUGCAUGAUGAUUAUGACCUGAGGCAGGAGCAGCUGAACAAGGCGUCUCUACUGUCCUCAAAGAAGUUCCUGGAAAACCUUCUUGAAAAAUUCAUCACUAAUGUGGACCAUGGAACGGGAGCUUUAGUAAUCAGCUCCUUAUUGGACUUCUUAACGUUCGCUCUCUGCGCCCCCUACAGUGAAACCACAGAGGGCCAACAGUUUGACAUGCUGCUCGAGAUGGUUGCUUCCAAUGGACGCACCCUGUUCAAGCUUUUCCAGCAUCCAUCUAUGGCAAUAGUGAAGGGAGCUGGUCUGGUGAUGAAGGCUAUUAUUGAGGAAGGUGAUAAGGAAAUAGCAACUAAGAUGCAGGAGCUGGCGCUGAGUGAAGGGGCUCUCCCGAGGCAUCUGCACACAUCUUUGUUCACGAUCAGCGCAGACCAGAGGAUGCUCACAAACAGGCAACUCAGCCGUCAUCUAGUUGGUCUGUGGACAGCAGAAAACCCUGUCGCUAUGAACCUAUUGAAGAGGAUACUGCCAAUGGGGUUGCUGGCUUACCUUGACAGUCCUGACCCAGUCCCAGAAAAAGAUGUGGACCGAAUGCACAUCCGUGACAACUUGAAAAUCGCCACGGAUCAGCUGAAUCGCAACAAGGUGCCAGAGUGGCAAAGGAUAGCAGGCAAAGCAGCCAAAGAGGUGGAGAAGUUUGCCAAGGAGAAGGCUGAUAUAGUGUUGAUGCACUGGAGAGAUAAGAUGGGCAUAGCUCAGAAGGAGCAGGACAGAAAUAACCUGAAUCCUAACCAAAAACCAGUGAUCCUCAGAAAGAGAAGGCAGCGAAUUAAGAUUGAAUCCAACUGGGAGCUUUUCUACUACAGAUUCCAGCUCGACCAUGCACGGUCCAACCUCAUCUGGAACCUAAAGACAAGGGAGGAGUUGAGGGAUGCUCUGGAGGGAGAGAUGCGAGCUUUUGGCGUGGAUCGUGAACUCGGCAACGCCACUGUCAUCUCAUGGAACCACCAGGAGUUUGAGGUGAAAUAUGAGUGCCUUUCAGAUGAGAUCAAGAUUGGGGAUUAUUACCUACGUCUGCUGCUGGAGGAGGAUGAAAAUGAAGAAUCGAGUGCCAUCAAGAGAUCUUAUGAGUUCUUUAAUGAGCUCUACCAUCGCUUUCUGCUUACACCCAAAGUCACGAUGAAGUGCCUGUGCCUGCAGGCUCUCGCAAUAGUUUACGGAAAGUGCUAUGAGGAGAUCGGCCCCUUCACAGACACAAAAUACAUUGUGGGCAUGCUGGAUCGGUGCACGGACAAACUGGAAAGAGACCGACUCAUCCUUUUCCUCAACAAACUAAUUCUCAACAAGAAAAAUGUGAAGGAAGUAAUGGACUCCAAUGGAGUGCGUAUCUUGGUGGACCUGCUCACAUUAGCACAUCUGCACACCAGCAGAGCAACUGUACCCCUACAGAGCAAUGUACUGGAAGCAGCACCGGAUAUGAAAAGGGAGAGUGAGAAAGAGUGGUACUUCGGUAACGCAGACAAGGAAAGAAGAGGACCAUUCAGUUUUGAAGAGAUGCAGGAGUUUUGGAGCACAGGUGUCUUGACCGCAAAAACACGUUGCUGGGCUCAGGGGAUGGAUGGAUGGCGCCCCCUACAGGCCAUUCCCCAGCUAAAAUGGUGCCUCUUGGCCACCGGUCAGGCUGUGAUGAACGAGUCUGAUCUGGCUACGCUCAUCCUCAACAUGCUCAUCACCAUGUGCUCCUACUACCCCAGCAGGGAUCAGGAUAAUGCUAUUAUCCGUCCUUUACCUAAGAUCAAGAGGAUGAUUAGUGACAAUGCUAGCCUUCCUCACAUUGUUCAGCUCUUGUUGACCUUUGACCCCAUCCUGGUGGAAAAAGUAGCCAAUGUUCUGUACUUGGUGAUGCAAGACAACCCCAACCUGCAGCGCCUCUAUUUGACUGGAGUCUUCUUCUUCAUCAUGAUGUACACCGGCUCCAAUGUUCUGCCUGUUGCAAGAUUCCUUAAGUACACCCACCUGAAGCAAGCCUUCAAAUCAGAGGAGUCUAAGGGUCAGGACAUAGUGCAGCGGAGUGUUCUGGGGCCAGUGCUGCCUGAGGCCAUGGUCUGCUACCUGGAGAACUAUGAGGCCGAGCGCUUCUCUGAAAUAUUCCUUGGAGAGUUUGAUACCCCGGAGGCCAUUUGGAGCAGUGAGAUGAGGCGGAUGAUGAUUGAGAAGAUAGCUGCCCAUGUUGCGGACUUCAGCCCCAGACUACAGAGUAACACACGGGCCCUAUAUCAGUACUGCCCUAUACCUGUGAUCAGCUUCCCUCAGCUGGAUAAUGAGCUCUUCUGCAACAUCUACUACCUCAGACAUCUGUGUGACACCAUCCGCUUCCCUGACUGGCCCAUUCGUGAUGCUGUGAAGCUGCUAAAAGAUACUCUUGAAGCUUGGAAGAGAGAAGUGGAGAAGAAGCCUCCCUCUAUGUCUGUGGAUGACGCCUACGAAGUCCUGAACCUCCCAAAAGGACAGGGACAGCAUGAGGAGAGUAAAAUCAGGAAAGCCUACUUCAGACUGGCCCAAAAGUACCAUCCUGACAAGAACCCAGAGGGCAGGGAAAUGUUUGAGAAAGUCAACAAAGCCUAUGAGUUCCUCUGUACCAAGUCUGCCCGUAUCGUGGAUGGACCUGAUCCAGAAAACAUCAUUCUCAUCCUUAAAACACAGAGCAUCCUCUUCAACAGACAUAAACAAGAACUGGAACCGUACAAGUACGCUGGUUACCCCAUGCUCAUUAAAACCAUCACAAUGGAGACGGAGGAUGAUCAGCUUUUCUCUAAGACCUCACCCCUGCUUCCAGCUGCUGCAGAGCUCGCCUUCCACACAGUCAACUGCUCAGCUCUGAAUGCGGAGGAGCUGCGACGUGAGAACGGCAUCGAGGUGUUGUUGGAAGCUCUUUCCCGAUGCGUUGCUGUCCUCACUGCAUCCAGUAAAGCUGAUGACAUGGCUGUUCAGGUGUGCGGGCACAUCUGUAAGUGCUAUAGUGUUGCAGCUCAGUUUGAGGAAUGCAGGGAGAAGAUCAUUGAACUUCCCAAUAUCAUCAGGGACAUCUGCCACAUCUUGUACUAUGGAAAGGGUCUCCCAAAAACUGCAGCAUUGGCAGUGCAGUGCGUCAGCUCCUUUGCCGUGGACUUCUUCUUACAGACCCAUCUGUACCAUGCUGGUGUACUUUGGCACUUGCUGGUCCACCUCUUCAACUAUGAUUACACUCUGGAGGAGAGUGGCGUGCAGGCGAGCCAGGACACGAAUCAGCAGGAGGUUGCCAACAGCCUCGCCAAGCUCAGCCUGGUGGCUCUCAGCCGUCUGGGGGGAUACGUUCAAGCACCACACAGCCCAGAUGGCAACAAUCCUGUCUCAGAAACCAACGGCAUCGAGGGGACGCCACCAGAGAACCCUACAAUUCGCAAGAGUCUAGCUGCCAUGUUAACGCCGUACAUUUCAAGGAAGCUGAGUACAGGAUCUCCUGCUGAGGUCUUGAAGCUGCUGAAUAGUAACUCAGAGAAUCCAUACUUGAUCUGGAACAACGGAACUCGUGCUGAGCUGCAGGAGUUCCUAGAGGGUCAACAAGAGGGAAACAUCAAGAGGGGAGAAAACGAUGAAAGCUUUGGUGCAGAGUUUUUGUUCAGUGAUCACAGCAAAGAGCUGAUAGUUGGGGAGAUCUUUGUCCGGGUUUAUAAUGAGCAACCAACUUUUCCACUUGAGUUUCCCAAAGCAUUUGCGGCCAGUCUCCUGGACUAUGUUGGCUCACAGGCCCAGUAUCUCCACACCCUGCUGGCCAUGAGUCAGAGUAACAAGGUGGAGUCCCAGCAACACGCCGAGAGGCUCCGCUUUGCCGAGAUGGCUUUAGAGGCUCUCCGCAACGUCAUCAAGAACAACCCUGGUUCGGAGUCUGAGUGCAUUGGCCACUUUAAGCUGCUCUUCUCACUGUUGCGGGUUCACGGAGCUGGCAGAGUUCAACAGCUGGUUCUGGAGGUUGUAAAUACAGUGACAUCAAAUCAAGAAUGUGUGAGCAACAUCGCAGAGUCCCUGGUGUUAUCCAAUCUGCUGUUGCUGCUGCACUCACUCCCCUCCAGCAGACAAAUGGUGCUGGAAACCCUGUAUGCACUGACCUCCAAUACAAAGAUAGUCAAAGAGGCUAUGGCCAAAGGUGCUCUGAUCUACCUGUUAGAUCUGUUCUGUAACUGCACACACCCCCAGGUUCGCACACAGACCGCAGAGCUCUUCUCCAAGAUGACGUCAGACAAGCUUGUUGGGCCGAAGGUGCGUCUAACUCUGAUACGUUUCCUUCCGGGUGUGUUCAUGGACGCAAUGCGAGACAAUGCAGAGGCUGCAGUCCACAUAUUUGAGGGAACGCACGAGAAUCCUGAGCUCAUCUGGAACGACAGCUCCAGGGAGACUGUGUCUACCACUGUCCGAGAGAUGAUGCUUGAGCACUUUAAACAGCAAAAGGAUAAUCCUGAUGUGAACUGGAAAUUGCCAGAGGUGUUCACCGUGGCGUAUGGAGCAGGACAGGGCGAGCUUGAAGUGGGUGGUGUCUUCCUGCGUAUCUUUAUUGCUCAGCCAGGCUGGGUGUUACGCAAGCCGAGAGAGUUCCUAGUGUCCCUCCUGGAGACCCUGACGGAGCUGCUGGAGAAAAAUAACCCCAAUGGGGAGGCUUUGGAGACAGUCACCACGGCAGCAGUUUGUCUGUUCAGCACACAGAGCCAGCUGGCCGACCAGGUCCCUCCUUUGGGUCACCUGCCUCGCAUUCUGGCAGCACUCAACCACAAGAACAACGCUGUGCCCAAGAGCUCAAUUCGCCUCAUACACGUGUUAUCAGACAACGAGCUGUGUGUGCGUUCCAUGGCCUCUCUGGAGACCAUCGGCCCUCUAAUGACUGGGAUGAAAAUGCGGGCAGACAUGGCAGGCUUGGCAUGCGAAGCUCUCAACCGCAUGUUCCAGAAGGAGCAGACAGAACUAGUGGCCCAGGCUCUACGAGUGGAGCUGGUGCCGUAUCUCCUGAAGCUACUGGAAGGAAUAGGACUGGAGACAUUAGACAACCCCUCAGCUACGAAGGCCCAGAUAGUAAAGGCUCUCAAGUCAAUGACUCGCAGUCUGCAGUACGGAGAACAGGUGAAUGAGAUUCUAGCGAAGUCCUCGGUGUGGAGUGCCUUCAAAGACCAGAAACACGAUCUUUUCAUCUCAGAGUCUCAAACUGCAGGCUACCUGACAGGGGUAUCCACUCCUUCUCUCCUGGCUGCCAGCAGCCCACUGCGAGGUGGGCUCUAGACUCCUGAGCUGGGCCCUCACAGCCCACCUCUUUCUUGCUCUGAUGCAGGUCCAGGAGUAGCAGGUUACCUUACAGCAGGAACUGGCACCACGGUAAUGCCCAGCGUCCCACCCCCUGUGGACAACGACAUCGGAGACCAAGGCUGACGGACACUCACAGUCUCGCUCACGCGCCCAGACUGCCCUGCAGCCUUCACAGCCGCAGCUCAGAGGGACUGUCCAGCUCCCAGAUGAGGGGAUGGAGAGAGAGAAAGACGGAGGGAGGACAGCACACCACCACAGACUGUCACCAAAAUUACCACAACGCCUCCUCCGGCAUUGCUCUCCUCUCCCCCUCCAAAUGGCACUCAAGUCUUCAUAAACACUUUGAAAUUGUUUUAACGGAUGACCACACUUUGUUUUCGUUUCUGUGCUACUUUCAUUGUUUCUUCUAAUGACACACAGAAGAGUUUACUUUUUGUAUGAAUAUAUUUUUUACUCUACAUUUUUUUUUCCUGUGAGAAAGACAUUGGGAAACUGAGAAUUAUUAUGGGUAAACUGUCUCUUCUCUAUUACCUUCCUCCUUGUAAUUUCUGAUUGGCUGUACUUGCCCAUUAAAUAUCUCCUCUCUGAGGGUACUGCCGGACCUAUCUGCCAUCCGCAUAAAAAUAUCUAAUCUGUAUAGCAGUAUUCUGGUAUGACAAAGGAAAUGGGUGUUGAAGGAGGAAGUAGCUGAACAGAUUAGUACGAUUUCGCUGCCCUGUUUCUACCAUCACAGCCCUCAGUCUGAUUCUGACCUCUUGUCUGGUUUGAUCUGCCCACCAAAUGUUUUGCCUUUUAUUCCUCUGAUCUUAAUUCCUACAUUCUUCUCUCUCUUUAAAGGCUACCCUUCCUGCCUCAAUUUUUAAGAUAACUUUCCUUCCCACCUUAAUGGAAAAAGCACUAGAAUAUUUAAAAGUGAAUAAUAACCUUUUACCAACGGAAAUGAGCUUCUGCUAAGACCUGACGAAUGAUGUUGACUCUGAUUAUGAUUCUAUGUGAAAGACUAGUGCAAUUUGUGAAAUGUUCAAUGUAAUAUUACGUAUAUAAACUUUCUAUAUGAAUGUACAUUAAAAAAAAUAAAUCAGACGCACCUGUACAUAAAAUUUUAAGAAUAAAAGGGAACUCACAGUGUU